UUUUGCCUGGUGUUUGGUUUGAGUGUGUGUAUCAGGAUGGUUGUAUUCUCUCUCUUACCUUUUGGCCCAUAGAAGAGAGAGAGAGAGAGAGAGCUUCGGUCCCGAAUGACUCCCAUCCAAAACCAUGGGCAUUGUGGUGUCCAGAGCUGAUAAAUGUCGUUUGGUUCGCUCCACUGGUUUGCGGGGCUCUCUGCAGGUUCAGAACAGCGCCUCCUGUAGGGAGAUGAAUGGAACACUCAAACUCUCUCAAAUUAACGUCUUUGAUUCAUCUCAGAACAACGCUGAAGAACUUCUGAUUCCUGCACUUCCAGAAAAGGCAAAUAUAGAAAGAGGUUAUGUGACCCCACAGCAGGUGUACAACCUCCUGAAUGCUGAAGCGGGCCAACCUUCACUGCAUGAUCCCUAUUAUAUACUUAUACUGGACUGCCGCUCUGCAGAGAGAUAUAAGCAGAGUCACCUGGUGACUGCCCGUGCCAGUGUGACGGUGAUGCAUCCAGAACUGGGCUGUUUGAUAAGCUGUGUUCAGCUGCAGGAGUUCUCCAUAAUACUGCUAUACGCUGAAGAAGGCCAAAGUCCAGUUGGGAGUCAGGAGGCGCACGCUGAUUCUCCUACUCUCCAGCACUGUUUCUUCCAGCUGAGUGCUUUGGGAAUGGACCCUGUAAUCCUCCAGGGGGGCUAUUCUGCUUUUCACUCUCUCUAUCCCUUCCUGUGCACCCCUCGCAUGGUCCUACUGGAGUCAGAGCGUCGCUCCCUCACCAUCUAUCCUUCUGAAGUCCUGGAGGGGGCGCUGUACCAGGGCUCUGCCUCACAGGCACAUGACUACCGUAUCAUCAAAAACCUCCACAUCACACAUGUGGUCAAUGCCACAGCCGAAAUCUCUGAUGCCUUCCCGAGUGUUUUACAUUAUCUUCGGCUACGGCUAAGUGAUGACGCGCAGCAGGAUCUCCGGCAGGCCCUUCCAGAAGCUUCUCGGUUCAUCGCCAAGGCUUUGCGGGGGGCACCGGGGGCACCAGGCGGCCGGGUGUUGGUGCACUGCAGCCUCGGUCGGAGUCGUAGCUCGGUGCUGACGUUAGGAUUCCUGAUGGAGCAUCGCCAUUGGUCUCUGCUACAUGCUUUUCGUUGGCUGAAGGAAAGACGAGCUUGUGCUGCCCCAAACGCUGGCUUUCUUCAGCAGCUCUCUGACUACGAGGAACUGCUGUUUGGCCAACGCCUCACCUUGCUGGAUGACAUCCGUCUCUGAGAGAUACUUAAAGAAAAUAUAGUGACACCAGAAGAAGGAAUCCUCUUCACUGACUUAUAUAGUUGGUUGUGUUAAUGAUCUUGAUUAACAAGAAUAUCACAGACUCAAGAGAAGCUUUGCUAUAUGAUGAAUCAAACACAAACCUCUAUUAAUCUGACACAAUUGGAAGUCUGUAAAUGGCCUUAUUGCAGACUAAGAAGGAAAAAAGGAGGAAAGAGAAUGUAUUAGGGAAUAUUAGUAAAGACAUUCUAUCAUAAGCCAAAGAUGAAAAAUAACAUUAUACAAAUGCUAAUUUUUCAUAUUUUCUCCAAACUUGCAAGAUAGACAACCAGAUAGGAUGAUUAAAAAAACAGAAAUUGGACAGAAAAACAAAGGAAUUGUUUUUGAUGUGAUUUUACUCUUUAAAUGGGUACAAAGCAAAGAAUGCUAAUUUCAAAAUUUUUAUUCAAUUUUUUUUUUUUUUUUUUUUUUUUUUUAUUAUCUUUGCUUUCUAUUUUUUCUUUUAGGGCAUGGUGACCAGAGGGACUAAAGUUAACAAAAUGUUUUUGUGUCUAGUUUAGGUUUCGUAUAAAAUAAAUGUUUUGUUUUUCAGCUUUUUACAAUAUAGGAGAGAGAUCUAGUAUCCAAAAAAGGCAAUAAAGUCAAGUUUGAAUCAGUUAAAUAAAUACAAACUGCACAGAACAUACACAGCUGCAGACUGCAGUUUUUGACCAUUUUCUGCUCUUAAUGAUUUACACUGAGGGCUGGGAUGAAGAAAAAAGUUUGGAAUCAGUCUUGCAGGAGCAAACCAUAAUCAUUUUAGUAGUAUGAGUCAGAUUUUUGGCUAGCGUUGAGAAGCAGGAGGAUUGCAAUAAAUCAUUACAAAUAAUUUAUUAAAAACAAUAGUAAUAGAAAAGUAACAUUCAAGGCAACUCUCAAAAGAUUGUGCAGCAUAAAAAAAAUGUAAUUGAGCAUUUCAUAUAAUACAGAAAAUUUUCAUUCAAUUACUUUGAAAUGCUCAAUAUUUUUACAUCAACUAUACAGAGUGCAAUAAACUGUAUUUAUAACACAAAUGCCUGCUGUUGU